GUAAAAUUAUCCUUAAGCUAAAAUCUCCAUAACCAAAGCUUCUUCCUUCCGCCACCACCAACAAUGGCGUUAACUCCAAUUCCCUCUACAUUCGCUUCUCUCUUCAAUUCCUCCGAUCACUCUCCAUCUCCAUCUCCGUCUCUCCAUUAUCUUCUUCCUGGAUCCUCUCCUUCCUUUUCUCUCAACUUAUCGGCGCUGAGUAGAGCUCCGAUCUACUUUGAAGCGCUCAGGGUUUUAUCGAGAUCGAAAUGUUUAGCGAAGUCUUCGACAACCGCCGAGGAUUUCGUCGGCGAUUAUGAAUCCCUAAACGUAAGCGACGACGAUAGUGGUAACAGUGAUGGAGAUAACGGAGGAAGUGACGAUUCAAAGAAGAUCGAUUCUUCUUCGUCAUCAAGUGAUUCUACGUCUCUGGGAAUUCGUGAACCGGUUUAUGAGGUUGUUGAAGUGAAGGCGACUGGAGCUAUAUCUACAAGGAAGAUUAAUAGACGACAGCUGCUCAAGUCCAGUGGUCUGCGUCCCAGAGAUAUACGAAGCGUUGAUCCUUCAUUGUUUAUGACAAACUCAGUGCCAUCUCUAUUGGUUCGUGAACAUGCGAUUCUGAUAAAUUUGGGAUCUCUGCGAGCAAUAGCAAUGCGAGAUCGUGUCCUUAUUUUUGAUUAUAACCGGAGAGGAGGAAGGGCUUUUGUAGAUACAUUAAUGCCUCGGCUUAACCCAAGAAGUAUGAAUGGAGGACCCUCUAUGCCAUUUGAGCUCGAGGCUGUUGAAUCGGCGCUAAUCUCAAGGAUACAACGAUUAGAGCAAAGGCUUAUGGACAUAGAACCCCGUGUCCAAGCUCUUCUUGAGGUUUUGCCCAACCGCUUAACUGCUGAUAUAUUGGAGGAACUUCGUAUAAGUAAACAAAGACUGGUUGAAUUAGGCUCUAGAGCUGGAGCUCUUAGACAAAUGCUCCUGGAUCUUUUAGAGGAUCCCCAUGAAAUACGCCGCAUGUGCAUCAUGGGAAGAAACUGCACACUCAGAAGAGGAGACGAUGAUUUGGAGUGUACGUUACCCUCAGAGAAGCUGAUUGCUGAAGAGGAAGAGGAGGAAAUCGAAAUGCUCUUGGAGAACUAUCUGCAAAGAUGUGAAUCAUGCCAUGGACAAGCAGAAAGACUUCUGGAUUCUGCAAAGGAAAUGGAAGACUCAAUUGCUGUCAAUCUAAGUUCUCGAAGGCUUGAGGUCAGCAGAUUUGAGCUGCUUCUUCAGGUCGGUACAUUUUGUGUUGCAGUUGGUGCUCUCAUCGCAGGUAUAUUCGGCAUGAACUUGAGGUCCUAUCUUGAAGAACAAGCUUCUGCAUUCUGGUUAACAACAGGUGGAAUCAUCAUAGGAGCUGCAGUCGCCUUCUUCCUCAUGUAUUCCUAUCUCAGUAGACGCAAAAUCUUUUGAACCUUCAAUCCUAUAAGACGAGUUAAGGUGAAAACCUGUGAAGAAAGAGAAUUUCAUCACACAUUUACAUUGUGGCAUUAGGACCCUACUCGACUUAGAGAGUGGUGAUUGCAUAAGAUGUCUGAUAUAUAUUUAUAGUGUGGUCUCCAUUGAACCCCCGAGACUUAUGUGCACUCCUCAUUGUUUAUGCUCUGUACUAUUUGUCAAUGUUAGAUUAAUGUAUCAUCUAAUAAGCUGGUGCGAAAGCAAAUGAAAUUUCAAAUCUUUUGUUUUUCAA